CCACCAUGGACGUCUCUCACAUCCCUCACGCCGAGCGCGUCCGCCGCAAGAACCGAUCAUCCACCAACCUCAACCACCUCUCGCUGGCCCCCUUGACCACAAAGCUCCCGCUCGACGACGACGAAGCCAUUGCCGACGCCGCCCUCUCGCUGCCGCGGCCGAGCACCUCGUACCUGCAGGGCAAGUCGGCGCCCGCAACGCCUCGGCUGCUGGCCAGCUCCGCCACCAACCCUCGGUCGCGGUCGCGGUCGCGCAACCGCACGUCGUCUGGCUCGGGCGCGCCAAUCCCCAAGAGCAAGUCGUCGUCGCACCUUGUCAAUGCGGCAAAGCGGGCUGCGCACGGCUCCGUGACGCCGCGGAGGCGGCAGCACGACGAGGGAGGCGAUGGCGACUGGCUGCUGAGGACGGGCGCGCUGAUGACGUUUGAGGCGAGGGAGUUCAAGGGCCAGUCGUGGCUCGUGUCGCGGCAGACGACAUGUCCGUUUCCCAUCCACGGCAGCCGGAGCCAGCUCAUGACGCCCGCGGAGCGAGUCGCAGACGACGGCUCGUAUUUCCCGAACCAAGAGGAGUCGCUCGCCGGGCCCGACUUUGUCGACCUCGACGAGAGGCUGGAGGAGCUGGAGCGAGACACGCUCGAGGACGCCGAGGCGGACGUGAAGAGGCUGAUGCGGCGGGGCACCGCGGGCAAGGCAUCUUGGAUGACGAGCUUCAUGGGCUGGUCGCUCUUUUCGGUGGACGAGCACGACGAGGAGACGGACGACGACGACGACGAGUCAGAGUACGACGAGUCGCUGGCGGACUCGCGGACGCAGGAUGACCGCAACGCCUGGCUGAAGCGGCACGUCGAGGGGCCUCUGGAUCCGGAGGACUUUGUGCCGCCGCCGACGGCAGAUGAAGGGAGCUGGAGCGAUGCGGCGUGGCUGCUCAGCGUAGCGUCAAAGGUCAUCUUCUGA